AGCCCUACAGCGCGGCGGGGACCCCGCGGGGCGGGCCGGGCCGGGCCCCACACGGGCUCUGCCCUGCGCCGCCCGCACUCGAGCCGGGCAAGCGGGGCUGGGAGCCCCCAGCGCUCCGGGCAUGUCGGGGGCCGAGGCCGCGCUGCCGCCGCCGCCGGCGGAGAAGGAGGAGGAGGAGGAGAGCGAGGAGGAGAGCGAGGUGCUGGAGGAAAGCCCCUGCGGGCGCUGGCAGAAGCGCCGGGAGCAGGUGAACCAGGGGAACAUGCCUGGGAUCCAGAGCACCUUCCUGGCCAUGGACACGGAGGAGGGCGUAGAGGUGGUGUGGAAUGAGCUGCACUUCACAGACAAGAAGGCCUUCAAGGCCCACGAGGAGAAGAUCAAGACCAUGUUUGAGCAGCUGGUGGUUGUGGAUCACCCCAAUAUUGUGAAGUUACAUAAAUACUGGCUGGAUGUGAAGGACUCCAAGGCACGGGUGAUCUUCAUCACAGAAUACGUGUCCUCGGGGAGCCUGAAACAGUUCCUGAAGAAAACCAAGAAAAACCACAAGGCCAUGAACGCUCGGGCCUGGAAGCGCUGGUGCACACAGAUCCUCUCCGCUCUCAGCUUCCUGCAUUCCUGCGAUCCGCCCAUCAUCCACGGCAACCUGACGAGUGACACUGUCUUCAUCCAGCACAACGGCCUCAUAAAGAUUGGCUCAGCCAUCCCUGACGAUCUCCGAAGCCCCAUCAGGAUUGAGAGAGAGGAGCAGCGCAACUUGCAUUUCUUCCCCCCGGAGUAUGGCCAUGUAGCUGACGGGACAGCUGUGGACAUUUUCUCCUUUGGAAUGUGCGCCCUGGAGAUGGCGGUGCUGGAGAUCCAGUCCAAUGGGGACAGCCGAGUCUCAGAGGAGGCGAUUGCUCGGGCAAGGCACUCCUUGGAUGAUCCCAACAUGCGGGACUUCAUUCUGGGGUGCCUGCUCCUCAACCCGGACAAGCGGCCGACAGCCCAUAACCUGCUGUUCCACCAGGUGCUCUUUGAGGUCCACUCCCUCAAACUGCUGGCAGCGCACUGCUUCAUCAACAACCAGUACCUGAUGCCGGAGAACGUGGUGGAGGAGAAGACGAAGGGGCUGGACCUGAACAUGGUGAUGGCGGAGAUCCGGCGAGAGGGGCGGCCCGCAGUGCAGUGGAGAUACUCGGAAGUCUCCUUCCUGGAGCUUGACAAGUUCCUGGAGGAUGUCAGGAAUGGGAUCUAUCCCCUGAUGAACUUCGCUGCCACCAGGCCCCAGCUGCUCCCGCGUGCGCUCUCCCAGCCUCAGGAGGACCCCCAGAAAGCCAAGACCCCCACCCCGGAGCCCUUCGAUGUGGAGACGAGGAAGGUGGUGCAGAUGCAGUGUAGCAUGGAGAUGAAUGAAGAGAAGGCCCAGUGGCAUCUCACGCUCUUGCUAACCCUGGAGGACAAGCUGCACCGACAGUUAAGCUACGACCUGCUGCCAACUGACAGUUCCAAGGGCUUGGCCUCAGAGCUGGUGCACUACGGAUUCAUUCAUGAGGAUGACUGUGAAAUGCUGGCCAACUUCCUAGAAAAUGCUUUUCACAAGCACCGGUCUCCUCCCUUGUGAGUCACCCCGAUAAGUUCUGGGCAGACAGGUGCCCCCAAAGGAGGAUGGGAACUGUCCCAGGCCAGAAGGAACUGUAGGGCUCUUGAUCAGGCUUUCCGCUGCAGAGGUGACCUUGCUAUUUGUUCCUGGCUGUAUCUCUACUGUCCAUCCAGCCUGUGAUUCAGAAUGAAAAUGGCAAGAAGAGAAAAGACCAGCAAACAUGAGGCAUUACCAGGAACCCGCCAAGAAUGUGCUCUCUAGUCUCCACUUCUGAAGGAGGCCAGGGCAAGCGGUGAGGUGGUUUUAGGAGUGGAGGAUCAUGCAGGAAGCUUUUGGUUGGCAGGGUUUUUGAAGAUGCAAGAGCCCACAAUUGGUAAAUUUACCUCUGGGAGCAAGAAGCACCUUCCCUGUGGGCACUGGGGGCCAUCACUUUGCUUUCUCAGCUGGAAGUGGUUACAGCAGGGGGUGAAAGAGUGGGGGGAAGUGCAGGUUUGGGAGGAUCUUGAGCAGUUUCCUGUCUGCCAUAUUCCACACCUUUUCCAGGCCUGAUUCCUCCUGCUCUGCUGGAUUCCCCCAGGGCAAAGGAUCCAUUGCGAUGCCUUAUAAUAAGAACUGGACUCCCUCUGCUAGGCUGAGAAGAGGACAUUGUGAGCUUGACUGAAAGGGCAUGGGAAGAAAUUUCAGGAAUCCAGAACCAUCAGGUGGUUCAUAAAAUAUGGACCAACAGAACCACCACUGGUGCUGAGCACAGCCUCUGUCAUUUCAGUUGGUGAAUUUUUGGAAGGCUAAGAGACAAAGUCCUAGGGAAAAGCCUUGAUGUCUCUUCCCUGUUUCUCCUGUGAAAUUUCUAUCAUUAGACGGGAGAAUGGGGGCAAAUAUAGCUGCUGAUUUGUCAGGUUCAAGAUUGGUGCAUUAUGCAAAUAGGAAUUGUGUAUCAACCGCUGUGCCAUGCUGCUCUGCCUGCACCUUGCUGCUCUGGGUGUACUGUUCACACUAUGCCAUAUGAGCCAUACUGCACUGACUGUAUCAUGCUAUGCUGACUUUCUUACACUGUGCCUGAUUCCCUGUCUAGUACUGGCUGUGUAUGCUUUGCCAUGCAGCACAGACUUUAUCAUGGUAUGCUGGGUUUGCCAUGCUAAGCUGCUUUGCCAAGCUGUCCUGGCUGUUUAAUUAUGUGGGUUUUCCAAGUUGUGCUAACUUUGCAGAUACAGACAUUUCAAUAAAUCAGUUGAAAAGACCAAACCCCAUCACAAACCAUAACUGAGUGACCCACUUGGGGUCUUUGUGGAUUGUUUACUCUCCCCAUUACACAAAGAAGGGGUAAAGUAGCUUCCUCCAUGUCCAACUGGCUUAUCCAGAGUCAGGUACACUGAAAUGCUGAACAGAUUAGGUGGAGAAACAUUCUCCUAAUGCUCGGUUCAGUGGGGCUUCUCACUCUUUCUGCUUAUGCCAGGACAAGUCUGGGCUUGAGUUUAUGGAAAUGCUGAAAGCUUUCUUUGUGCUGUGCUUGCUUCAUGUCCAUGAUGGAGCAAUUAGCUCUAGUUCAGCUCCUAGCUUUUCCCCUUGCUGAUUUCUUUGUAUAACUAACAAGUUACAGCUUGAUUUCGCUAGAGAAUUUUCCUGACAGUGACUUUGCUGUGUUCUGCAGUGGUGUAUUCAUUCGCUAACCUCUACACAAUUCCUAGAGUACAUGAUGCAUUAGGCAAGGACGAUCUGAGGUUGAGGAAUGAAGCCCCACACCCUGAAAGAGCUCCAGCUUGUAAAACAAAACAAAACACUGCAGUCUGUCUGCUCAGCACCAAGGACUGUUGUGUUUUUUUCCUCAACACACACCCCCUCCUCCAAAGUAUUUUUUUCUGGCAGAAGAACUCAUUAAAAAAAUCGAGUGCAAAACAAGCCAAAGGGCUUAUAACCCAUAUCUUAGGUACUUAUAUGGCCCCCAUCCAUUUAGUAUCCGAGUGCCUCACACUCUUUAAAUACAAUGCUAUGUGAUUCACCUUUGUGAGCCUGUAUCUCAUUCUGUAAGUGUGAAAAGGCACACAUCCGAAAGGGAAAGCUUCCAAUUCUGUAUUAACUGACUAAUUAAGUCUGCCACUCUUUUG